CAGAGCGGAGCGAAACGAGUCCGGCAGCGGGCGGGUAUAAAAGGCGGCCGCCGCGGAAGCUUUGCCUUUUCAGUUGAGGACAGCGCUGGUCAUCGGAACAUGUCAGGCGGCUCCGCGGAUUAUAGCAGAGACCAUGGCGGCCCCGAGGGAAUGGAGCCCGAUGGUGUCAUUGAGAGCAAUUGGAAUGAGAUUGUCGACAAUUUUGAUGAUAUGAAUUUAAAGGAAUCCCUUCUAAGGGGCAUUUAUGCUUAUGGUUUUGAAAAGCCUUCAGCUAUUCAGCAGAGAGCUAUUAUUCCAUGCAUCAAAGGGUAUGAUGUGAUUGCUCAAGCUCAGUCAGGUACUGGCAAGACAGCCACAUUUGCUAUUUCCAUCCUGCAGCAGUUGGAGAUUGAUCUCAAGGAGACCCAAGCACUAGUAUUGGCCCCUACCAGAGAACUGGCUCAACAGAUUCAAAAGGUAAUUCUGGCCCUUGGAGAUUACAUGGGAGCAACGUGCCAUGCGUGCAUUGGUGGCACAAAUGUUCGCAAUGAAAUGCAGAAACUUCAGGCUGAAGCUCCACACAUUGUGGUUGGAACUCCAGGCCGUGUGUUUGAUAUGUUGAACAGACGCUACCUUUCACCCAAAUGGAUCAAAAUGUUUGUUCUGGAUGAAGCUGAUGAAAUGUUGAGCCGAGGAUUUAAGGAUCAAAUCUAUGAGAUCUUCCAGAAACUAAGCACUAACAUUCAGGUUGUGCUGCUGUCAGCUACGAUGCCAAUGGAUGUGUUGGAAGUGACCAAAAAGUUCAUGAGAGAACCCAUACGUAUUCUAGUGAAGAAGGAAGAACUGACUCUGGAGGGUAUCAAGCAAUUCUACAUUAACGUUGAAAGAGAGGAGUGGAAGCUGGAUACUCUCUGCGAUUUGUAUGAGACACUGACCAUUACUCAGGCCGUUAUCUUUCUGAAUACAAGAAGAAAAGUGGACUGGCUUACAGAAAAAAUGCAUGCCAGGGACUUCACAGUCUCAGCUCUGCAUGGUGACAUGGACCAGAAGGAGCGGGAUGUUAUCAUGAGAGAGUUCAGAUCAGGAUCAAGCCGUGUCUUGAUCACUACUGACUUGCUGGCUCGUGGCAUUGAUGUGCAGCAAGUUUCUUUGGUUAUAAAUUAUGACCUGCCGACCAAUCGUGAAAAUUACAUUCACAGGAUUGGCCGAGGAGGUCGCUUUGGCAGGAAGGGUGUGGCUAUAAACUUUGUCACUGAAGAGGACAAGAGGAUUCUGCGUGAUAUUGAGACAUUCUACAAUACUACAGUGGAGGAGAUGCCAAUGAAUGUGGCUGAUCUCAUUUAAUCCCUGGAGAGGAGAUGGUUUGAAUGCAGUGCUCGCUGUUGCUGAAUAGGCGAUUCACUUGCAUUGUGCUUCUUUCUUUGGGGAUAUAUUGAAUCUUGUCUCAAUGCUCAUAACGGAUCAGAAAUACAGAUUUUUGAUAAGCGAAGCGACUUUUUGUCGUGAGCUCUUGUGGGGAAAGCCAUUGGCUUUAUCCACUUUAGGGUUAGACUGUUGGGGUUGGGUGGAAAGUCAUGGGGUCUGUAAAUUUUUUCUUUAUUAGAAAUUUAUUUCCUAGUUCCAUAGAAGUGGUUGUAUUAGAUGUUCUUUAUCAUUUAAUAAUUUACUUAUGGACUAAAAGAUAUAAGUGCUGUAUAAAAUCAGCCAAUUAUGUUAAACUAGCCUACCUUCCUUUAUUGUAUGUACUUACCCUUCAGAUUGAAUUGGAAAGGCCUUUCAAAAUCUCAAAACUUUUAUAAGAGCAUUAAAAUGCAUUUUUGUUUGAUAUGUAUUUAUUCAAUAAAGUAUUUAAUUAGUGGUAAGUGUGAUCUGGACCCUGUUGCUAAGCCCCAGCAAGCAAGCAAUCAUACUAUUGUCUUAGUUAGGGUUAAACCCAGUAAAAUUUGCCAUAUUGCACAUGUCUUAAUGAAGUUUGAAUGUUCAAUAAAAUACUUCUAUAUUCA